AAGGUCGAAUGACACUAUAUGAGGCAGGUUCGAAGUACUCCUCGUGAUGGAUUUAACUAUACUGUGUGGUCAGGGUGAACUCUUACCUUGUGACCCAGAAUGUUUGCUAAUAUAUUGCUAUAUAAAACUGAAAGGUGCCCCCAUUAACCUGAAAAUGCAGUCACCAGUAGAGGGUAAUGCCAGCGGUUAUCCGAUUCUCUGCCAUGACAGCAAAAAUUACAGUGGAAUCCCGGUUAUUCUCACUUAUCUCAGAAAAGAAGUAAGUUCAUCGGACUUUUUUGUUGUUUCUAUGACUUUUGACUUUAAACUUCCAAAACUUCUUUGAAUACCUUACUGUUAACAGUCAGAGAAUGCACCUGGAUAAUGUGGACUAAGUGGGUAAUUUUGAUUGGCAAAGACUUGGGCAAAGCGAGGUUAAAACUCUACACAAUUAACCUAUAUUGGGUGCUUUUCCCCCUUUUCUUCAUCUCCUGAAAAAUUUUAUUGUCCCAAUUUUUCCAGUUUACCAACUUUUUCAACGUACACUUUACCCAUGUCACAACGGGAAACUGCCCACGUUUCUACCCACAUAUCCCAGGUCCAAAUAAAAUUCACCGACUGGGUUAGUCUUAGUGUUAAUGGACUAAUGAAUAGAUUGGAUACUGAACAACGACAACUACAAUUCAUGGGCGAUAUACCAAGCGAGAUAGUUGCGAAGAAAUUAAGAAAAUCAGUUCAGAGAACUUUUACUGCUGGCGAACUACACGUCUUAUUCUCCACACGACCGAUGUCGAUUCCCCGACUGAAAAAUGAAGUACCUAGACUAGUCACUUCUAGUUGUAUCUAUCAAUUCAACUGCGCUUGUGGAGCCAGUUAUAUUGGCCG